GAAUUGCCGGCUGUGCUGUCCGUGUCUUUGGGUACAGAUCGCAGGAGCACUACGCAGCUCAUAGGCUGGGGCCUGCGGGAGCGCGAUGCCUUCGAGGAGGAACUGCCGGGGCUCUGCUCCCGCGCGACAGCUGCGCACUGCGAGCGCAACGCGCUGCACAUGGCCUUGAAACAGCUGAAGAUGUCAACCCAAAUCACACCGCUGCAGCCGUCCGCGACCAACGAGUGGGACACUGCGGACCAGCUCGGCGGCGGCAUUCCAUCUGACACUCAGCGCUCCAGCAGCUGGGACGACGCCGGUGCCUCUGCGCCUGCAGAUCUUGUGAACGGCAAGAAUCCGUCUUUGGAGAUUGAGGAGAAGUCGGAGGGGCUUCCAACAGGAGGGCACGAAGACGGCCAGCCCGUGGAUUCUGGCGAGGUUUUCCAGUCGCUCUCGCAAAGACGCUUCAUCCGGGAUGAAUACCUGGAGCGGGUCCAGAACUUCUGCGAUCAGGCGCAGGAGGGAGUGAUGGAGGCGCUCUCCGUUGCUCUGAAAGUCACUCCCGGUGAGGACGCCCGGAAGUGGCUGAAGGUGGCUGAGGAUGCCCUGAGAACGGCCACCGCGUCUCGCGCCCUGGACCAGCGGGCCGGACAG